AGCCAGGCAUAGAAAGUGUAAAUACAAACAUUUGAUCUACAUUAAACGCUAUUUUUAAACAAUGAUAAGAUUACACUGAUCUGAUAGUGUUCGCUAUAAUGAGAGGAGCGAGGUCGAUAGGGAAUAGUGAAUUAGAUGAAAUCUACUUUGUCAGAUUACAUGAGCGCUUGUUACACUGAGCCAACCUAACGCAAACUCCACUGUUUUUAUUUUAAGUACUCGACUUGUUCAAUGACUCUAUAAAUAACGCUACUUUGUUCAUUUUCGUCAAGUGUCUGUGCGAUUUUUUUGAGGAUUUUCCAAACCAUAAAUCCAGCCAAAUGUCCACCGACCUUUUCCCAGUGUGACGAAAAUACAAAGUUUUCCUAAUGGUCGAAUCCUGUCCGAGAUCCUCGAUGAAGCAGAUAAAUAACUUGAUGGUGGAAGAAUCGUACAGUUUGAAUUUGUAUCCCGCCUCAGUCGGCGCCCUAGCAAUGAUCGGCCAUGCGCAGCAGGAGCCCUUGGAGGGGGCCCGCGCCCUCUUCAAAAAAUCGCACACAUGCGGCAGCCUCUACGCCAAGUGCGGCUGCAGCCAUGACCCCCCGCCGCCCCCCGUCCAGCCGCGCGCCCCCGAGCCGCCCCCCAGCCCCUCGAAGAGGGGCUCCACGCCCGCCAUCGCCUCCAUCUACCCGCGAGCCGACACCAAACGCCUCUCCAACCCGGAGAUCAACAACAGCUCGCGCCACAAGACCGUCAUCAAAGCCAACGUCUACCUGAACCACCCCGAGAUCACGUUCCCCAUCCCGGUGGAGCUCCAGGACAAGCCCAACCUCGCCAAGUCGCUGCCCACCAGCAUCGACCUGGACGAAGUCAAAAAGUCCAACCUAGACUACCACAAGUACAACGUGCUGGCCUACGAAUGCAGCGCCAGUAAGGAGGAAGAAGCGAAGAAGUUCCUCAGCGAUUUCGGAAUCUUCGGGCCGAUGGGCAACGGUGUCGCGACCCUUCGGCGAAGCUCCAAAAGCUCGCUCGACGGCGACGUCAUCCAGCAAAUCCGGAAAAACUCGCGCCGACUUUCCGGAGCGCACGAAGAGAACGACUACUUGAAAACAAUCGUCGCGCGAUUAAAAAAAGAUCUUGCGGAACUGGAAGUCAAGUAUGGAUCGCUACAAUCGGAACUGUACGAAACCAGGAGGCAGCUCACGUGCAAAGAGAGCGAAGUGCUCAAAUUGCAACGCGAAAUUCAUAAGCUCAAGAGCGUACUCCAGCAAACCACAACAUUUAUUCAGGAUGGCGAUAUUCUCACGAGCCUCCAGGAAAAGCACGCGAUGGCUAACCGAGCUCCCCAAAGUCAACAAUCUCUCACCAACAGCUGUGUUUUAAAGAAACAGGGUGUAUCAGCCGAAUCGAGCGAAUCCACCGGUCAAGCAAGCGACAUUACCAUUCCGAAACAUGAUAAGGACUUCAGGUCCAAACAGCUUAUCAAAGACGCGAUCAUGGACAACAACUUUUUGCAAAAUUUGGACACGUCACAAGUGCGAGAAAUCGUCGACUGCAUGUACCUCAAGGAGUAUCCGCAGGGUUCUUAUGUGAUCAAGGAAGGAGAAGCUGGAGCGCAUUUAUUUGUCUCAGCUGAGGGUGAUUUUGAGGUGAUGAAAGAAGAUAAGGUUUUGGGGCACAUGGGGCCAGGGAAAGCCUUCGGAGAGUUGGCGAUUUUGUAUAAUUGUACCCGAACUGCUUCAAUUCGAGUGGUUGUUGACUCAAAAGUCUGGGUUUUGGACCGAAAGGUCUUCCAACAAAUCAUGGUCCGAACUGGCCUUCAGAGACUCCAAGACAAUAUCAAUUUUCUCCGCUCUGUGCCUCUCCUCCAGAAUCUCAGCAACGAAGUUUUGGCAAAAAUAGCAGACGUCCUCGAAGUCGAAUUUUAUCCUGCAGGUGUUUACAUUAUAAGACAAGGGGCCAACGGUGACACCUUCUUUAUCAUAAGCAGCGGCUCCGUUAAAGUAACGCAACGGAAACAGGGCUCCAUGGAAGAUGAGGAAGAAAUCAGGAUUCUCCAACGUGGCGAUUACUUCGGCGAACAAGCUUUACUAAAAGAAGACUGCAGGACUGCCAACAUAAUUGCAAUGAAUCCAGGGGUUGAAUGCUUGACACUUGACCGGGAAUCUUUCAAGCAACUAAUCGGAGAUCUGAGCGAAAUCAAGGAAAAAAACUACGGUGAUGAACAAAGACUUAACCGCCAAAUCAACUCAACGUGUGCCGAAAACUCGGAAUAUGACUACAUCAGUUUGGACGAUCUUGAAGUGAUUGCAACGCUCGGUAUUGGAGGUUUUGGUCGAGUUGAACUAGUUCAAUACGUUCACAAUCCGUCACUAACUUUCGCUCUCAAGUGCCUCAAGAAGCAACAUAUCGUGGACACGCAACAGCAGGACCACAUCUUCAGCGAACGCAACAUCAUGAUGAGCUGUCGGAGCAGUUUCAUCUGCAGGAUGUACAAAACGUUCAAGGAUUCCAAAUAUGUGUACAUGUUGCUGGAGGCGUGUCUGGGUGGCGAAGUUUGGACGAUUCUACGAGAUCGAGGAUGUUUCGAUGAAGACACGACCAAAUUUAUCACCGGGUGCGUUUUGGAAGCGUUUGAUUAUCUACACAGUAGAGGGAUAAUCUACAGGGACCUCAAACCCGAAAAUCUGCUCUUGGACGCCAAUGGAUACGUGAAACUUGUUGAUUUUGGGUUUUCGAAACGGCUGGGGUACAGUAGCAAGACUUGGACUUUUUGCGGAACGCCUGAAUAUGUAGCGCCGGAAACUAUCCUCAACAAGGGACAUGACCGAGCUGUGGACUACUGGGCUCUUGGAAUUUUAAUGCACGAACUUUUAACCGGAAAUCCCCCGUUUACGGCUUCAGACCCCAUGAAAACCUACAAUCUCAUACUGAAAGGCAUAGAUAUGAUCGAUUUUGCCAAACAUCAUAUCGGGAGAGCGGCACAAAGUCUUAUCAAAAAAUUGUGUCGGGAUGCUCCAUCGGAGAGGUUGGGGUAUCAGAAAGGUGGAAUACAAGAUAUUAAAAAACAUAAAUGGUUUCAAGGAUUUGACUGGGAUGGUUUAGUCAAUCAAACGCUACCUUCACCAAUUAGACAACCAGUGAGAGGUUGUUGCGAUACAACCAAUUUUGACUGCUUUGGCAAAGAUAACGACAUUCCUCCAGAUGAGUUAUCAAACUGGGAUUUGGAAUUUUAACACAAAUACGAUGUUUUUAUAACUGAAAUGGACAAUAAUUGAUGUUAACGUAAUAAAUUCAUAUCUUUUACAA